CGCGGUGCUCGCCGGGGCGGGCUGACGUCCUGCCCCGCAGCCACGUUUGGAGCAGCGGCAGCUUGGGAAACACAGCGGAGUGAGAGGACCUUGGAGGUGACCCCAAGAUGAAUCUCCUCGCUCAGGUAAAGGGGGAGCCAGCAGGAAGGACACCUGCAUCCAGGUGAUACCUGUGAUAUCUGCCAUGAUACCCAGUGCCCCUGGACGCCACAGCUGGGACCUUGCCUGGUGCUGGGUCUGGGCAGGGGGAAGGGAUAUGUGGCCUGGGAGGCUGGGCUGGGCUGGACUGUGCGCUGGCAGAGAUGGGUGGUGGCAGAGGAUGGGUGUGUCAGAAGGGGAUGGGUCCCCGUCUUGCCCUGCCCCCUCUCCCCACAGAUGAGCUCCCUCCUUCAGACCCUUCAAGCUCCCGACUGGCUGUUCCUCCAGCCCUGGCACUGGCUGAGCUCCUGGGUGCGUCAGGUUUGGGGGUGCUGGCAUGAGAAUCCCAGCCAGACGCUUGGGCAGGGGGUGGCAGCAGCCCAGGCCAGGACUGAGCCAUGACACAGGUGACACUGGGGCUGAUGCAAGGUGUUUGUCCCUCCAGGUGAGCAGCUCCAGGCAGGGCACCUGUGGCCCUGAAACUCGGCUGGGUCCCCAGACAGUGACUGGGGCAGUGACCACGGCAGGGUUCUUCCUCUGCGAGGGGCUGCUGCGACAACACUUCAGCAUGGUCCCCAACGGGGUGGCUGAGCCCCAGCCUGGGGACCUCUUCCUCUUCCCGCUGGCCUCUGGGGGCCCUGGCUGGUGGGGCUCCCACGCUGGCAUCUACUGUGGUGAUGGGGAGAUCAUCCACCUGGAAGGCAGCUCAGGGACAUCACCAUCAGGCAUCGUGGCUAAGCACGGCAAGAGCCAACUCCUGCGGACACGGGGCCCAGCCAAGGUGCUGCGGAGGAAGGGAGGGCUGGAUGUGGCUGCCCUGCAGCGGCGGAUCCGGGCAGCCAUGGACCAGUCAGUGGAGUACAACAUCAUCACCUGCAACUGCAUCCACUUUGCCCUUGCCCUCCUGGGGCUGGGCCACCUUGCUGGUGCCAUGGUGUCCCCAGCGCUGCAGUGAGGGAGGUGAUGGUGUUCUGGGGAACAAGUGGGGCUGGAGCAUUCUCCUCCGGGGACCAGAACUACACCAGUGAUUUGUCAAUCCUCCUGUCAAUCCUGGCAAUAAACAGUUACAUGGAAA